AUGUACACCUCCGCCAUAUUCAUUACUUCCUUAGGGCUGGCGUAUGCAGCCGUCCCCCUAUACCGAGCGUUUUGCUCCGCGACCGGUUUUUCGGGUGUUCCUGUAACAGACGCCAGAUUCGGAGCGGAACGUCUUGUCCCGGUUGAGAAAGCUAAGCGAAUAAAAGUCCACUUCAAUGCAGACAUUUCAAAGUCUCUGCCUUGGUCUUUUACUCCCCAACAAAAAUUCGUUACCGUGCUACCUGGAGAGACAGCCUUAGCAUUCUACACUGCCAAGAAUACUUCGGACACGGACAUUAUAGGGAUUGCUACAUAUAAUGUCACCCCAGCCAAGGUGGCGCCGUAUUUUGCUAAAAUAGAAUGCUUCUGUUUUGAAGAACAGAAACUCCUCGCUGGCGAGGAGGUGGACAUGCCCCUGUUCUUCUUUAUAGAUAAAGACUUUGCUGAUGACCCUUUGAUGCGUGACAUCGAUGACGUCGUGCUGUCAUAUACCUUCUUCAAAGCGAGGCGCAAUGAACGCGGCGUAUUGGAACCUGAUGCUGAUCAAGCAACUUUGGAUAAAGCAACUGGUUUUUCAGAGAUUCAAAAAGUCAAUUCAAGCUAA